UCGUUUUAAGCGUUCCUUAACGACACGGCGUUUAUUUAUGAGCCACGCCCCAAGGCGAAUUCAAAACCUCGUUGGAAGGGUUUUAGCGGAAAGUACUGUUAGAAAUCUCUGAUAUCGAAUCUCGGAUCUCGUUUCACUGACAUCGGAGAUAGAUAUGGCGACGGAAUCAUCGGAAUCGGAGGAAGAAGGGAAGAUUAGAGGAGGAAACGAGAAGCUAAUCGUAGAAGACGAUCUAAGAGAGAUGGGGAAGAACGCCGCUUGGAGCGUUAGCUCUUGCAAGCCCGGCAAUGGCGUCAACACUCUCCGCGACGACAAUCUCGAGACCUAUUGGCAAUCAGAUGGUUUACAACCACAUCUGAUUAACAUUCAGUUCCAGAAGAAAGUGAAAUUGCAGCUAGUGUUUCUGUACGUUGACUUUAAGCUCGACGAGAGCUAUACACCAAGUAAAAUCUCAAUUCGAGCUGGUGAUGGUUUUCAUAAUUUAAAGGAGAUUAAAAGUGUGGAGCUUGUAAAGCCAACUGGUUGGGUUUGCCUAUCUCUGUCUGGAACCGAUCCACGGGAAACUUUUGUCAAUACAUUCAUGUUGCAAAUAGCCAUUUUGUCGAAUCACCUCAAUGGGAGAGAUACUCAUAUCCGCCAGAUCAAAGUUUACGGCCCUAGACCGAAUCCUAUUCCGCGCCAAACAUUUCAGUUUACUUCAAUGGAGUUUCUCACUUAUUCCACACUGAGAUGAGAACUUUGUGCAAGGAGAAGUUUGAAGACCAUGGAUUGUGAAAGAUCAAUGCUAACUUUGGGCAGGAGAAGUUUGACAACACGGACUGUGAAAGAUCGCUGCUAUUGGAUCCCCUGGAAGAGUCUAUUCUCACAUUAGGUUUUAAAGCUCAGAGUAUCAUAUGUUGUGUAAUGGCUGCUGUUUAAAUAUUACACUGGAUGUAACCAUCAUAACUUCAUUAAGCUUAUAUUAGAUAAGCUUAUGUUUUAAAGCUCAGAGUUUCAUAUGUUGUGUAAUGGCUUCUGUUUAUAUAUUACAUUGGAUAUAACAAUCAUAACUUCAUUAAA